AUAUAAGGGGCGCGCGGCGGGCGAGCGGCCUUUCGAGGCGAGGCGCGGCGGCGGAGUGGGUUGGGGGCUUUGCGGGGCUCCCGGUGCGGCUCGGCGGCACGCGGUGUUGUGCCCCCUCCCGGCCUUUUCAUGGCACCUGCGGAGGCGCGGCGGGGCUCGUGUAAGAUGCAUCAAGUACACUCUUGGCUAUUCGGUGGCUUCACAAAAGGUCUGCUGCUCAAUAUGAAGACUUGAUGCUACUUCACAAGGUUUUGAAUCAUGCACUUACAGAAGAAACAUCACCUGGUAAGAAACAUUAUGGAGUCUGCUGAGGGUUCCUCAAUGGAGUUGCUGAAACAUGGCAGUGGGGCACUGGGAGAAGCAGCUUCAAGGUAUGCAAGAAUGCCCUGGACAGAGACAGAAUGCCUGUGCUGGGUGUGAGAAGCUUUCACCUGUCAGUGAUCUUGGCAAAGACAAGACUUCUCUAACUGAAGACUCCUGAAUUGUUUCUUGUCAUGAUUGCUGUUGUGGUAGAGCUGUGAGGUGGUACCAGCUGGUAGUGCUCAAGGAAAAAUUUUGAGAAUGGAAGAACUACCAGAUACUCCGUGACAGAUGUUAGAGUGAAGCUGAGAAGGAAGGAGAAUGUGAAAACCAAGAUUUUGCUUCUUUGAGGAAUGAACUAUUGUCGGCUGCCUCACUGGGUGAGGACGCAACUUUGAAACUAAUAUGAGGAAUGAGAAAGGAAAUUCAGCAGGGCGUUUUGGAGAAGAAGCUGCUACAUGGCAGGUACUGCAUCGGAGCUAAAGGCAUGCAGAGGCAUUUGCUUGUGUCAGGGGAAGGAUCAUCCGUAGGAUGCUGUAUUCCCAUACAUGUCACUGGCACUGCUGAUUGCUCUGUAGUGGACCCUGAACUGGUGCAUUGGGAUGGCAGGAUUUUACAUGACAGAGAAAAGUAAAGCAUGGGUCUCAAUGACACCCGGAAAGAAGCUGGAGGGUCUCGUGGCAGCUGCCAUCACUCCCAUGACUCCCGAUGGACAAAUCAAUCUUUCAGUGAUUUGCCAAUAUGUGGAUUAUCUGGUAAGGGAGCAGAAUGUGAAGAACAUCUUUGUGAAUGGCACCACAGGAGAAGGCCUGUCCCUUAGCAUCCAGGAGAGAAAGCAGCUGGCAGAAGAAUGGGUGCGCCAAGGAAAAGACAAACUAGAUCAUGUGAUCAUUCAUGUGGGAGCACUAAGUCUACCAGAGUCCCAAGACCUGGCAAGACACGCAGCAGCCAUAGGUGCUAGUGGUAUUGCUGUAAUAGCCCCCUUCUUCUUCAAACCCACAAACAAAGAUGAACUGGUUGCUUUCUUACAGAAAGUUGCAUCUGAAGCCCCUGGGGUUCCAUUUUAUUACUAUCACAUUCCUCCUCUGACGGGUGUAAAGAUUCGUGUUGAAGAGUUGCUGGAUGGAAUAAGAGAGCAGAUCCCCACCUUCCAGGGUGUGAAGUUUAGCGACACAGACCUCUUGGACCUUGCACAGUGUAUAAACAAGAAUGGGAGCGAACAGUUUGCAUUUCUCUAUGGGGUGGAUGAGCAACUGUUGGGUGCACUGGCAGUAGGGGUAAACGGAGCAGUUGGAAGCACAUACAACUAUUUGGGUAGAAAAACCGAGCUGAUGUUGCAAGCUUUUGCAAAGCCAGACCUUGCAUUAGCACAAAAGUAUCAGUUUCUCAUUGGGGAAUUUCUCAACUUUGUCAUCAAACUAGGUUUUGGUGUUGCACAGACGAAAGCUGUAAUGACUUUUGUUUCUGGCAUCCCCAUGGGACCUCCCCGGCUUCCACUUGUUAAUGCCUCUGAGGAGUUCAUUGCCAAGGCCAAAGCCAAGCUGGAUAGCAUUGCGUGGCCCAAUAGUGACUGACUUCAUCCCCUGUUGGUCUGGAAGUAGAGGCUCCUUUUCUGGGAUUCACCAUCACUCGGCACAUUCCCCAGGAGAUGGUUUGGCCGUGAUUUCUUUCAGGGAGUUGGCAGCGUGCCUGAGCCUCAUCCGGGCACAGCUGGCACAUGCGUAGUCACCUUCUUGUGUAACUCUGCUCUGCUGCAGUGGAGCUCUGCACUGCCCAGGACCAGCUGGUGUCUUAAAAAAAAAAAAAAAAAAAAAAAAAAAAAGCUAGGUUUCUCCAGUGGAGGGAUCCUGACUCCUUUUGUCUCAGAAGGAGGAAGGUCUGUCUGCACCUCCCUCCACUUAGACCAUGUUUUGUCUUCCCUUGCUGAGUGUCUCCAGCACUAGUGUGUUUUUAAACACUACUCUGUUUUAAACACUGCUCUUUUAAACAUCUGCUUGCUCAGGCUGGUGUUUCCUUGUUUGUCACAAAGUCACUGGGACACCAGUUGUGCCUCCUCUCAUUGCCUUUGCACACCUUCACUUAACGCACAAUUUAAAACAAGACUUUUCUAACAGCCUUUGGCUCUCUAAUGAGUGGGUGCCACUGCAGCCUUUUCCUCGCAGCAUACCAGUGGCCCUGCCCCCUUGGGUCCCUCGGCCCCACGCUGCUCCUGCUUCUCCCUCUGGCUGCCCAGCCGCAGCUGGGAGGCACGGGGUGAUGCUAUGGGGUGGCUGCCUGGUGCUUGCAGCUGGCAGUGGGUGGGAUGCCUGGGGAGACCCUGCUCUGACUUGUGGUAGCUCAGUGUGGGCAACUGGGUGCUCAGAGGGUGCCUGGAGACACCCAGCUGGCUGCAAGCUUGCGGUGUGACAGCCAGAACAUCCCUGCUUCUUGCCUGUGAGUGCAAAGUGCACUGAUUUACUUUGUCAGGGGAAAGUAGCAUGGAAAAACGCUCUUAUUUUAAAACAUCAGCUGUAAAGAACUAUGGUCAUGUGCUGAACCUGUGCUGAAAUGCAUUAAAAAAGAUCUGUUGAAUUGCCAUCUGGUGUGUGUGGUGUUACAAUACUGCUCUGUGCUUGGCUCUAGGAGUCAUGACUGUGGCAGCAGAGAGCUUGGAAUUCAGGUUGGCUUUGGGAAGGAGCUGACUCCUGGUGCGAGGUACUUGUACUGUCGGUUAGUUGUAAGAAAUACCAGAUUUGCACUGAGCAUUGAAUCCGUCACUGUACCCUUCCUCCUCCUUCAUCUUCCCCACCAAAAACCCAGUAACAAUUCUGGGAAACACAGUGAUACUGAGUCAGGCUUAAGGUACUGAGGCUGAGGUUGCACGUUAUUCCAGAGGAGGCUGUGUGCUCACUUAGCUUGUUGAACCAUUCGUUUUUUUGUGUGUUGAGGACUAGUGACUGCUCACAGACACUUAACAGAUGAAUGGAGAGUGCUCCCUAAAACAUUCCCUUUUAUAAUUUUUGUGAUAUGGGGCAAUGGUUGUAAACCCAGUUUCAUUGGUGUUACCGUUUUCCAGACAAACUGAUAGUGCUGGAAGUCAAAACCCGUUAUUUGGAACCUUUUAAGCAGAAUCCCAGAAAAGUGUGUUUGGUGGUGAGGAAAUGAGUGUUAGCUACCUGUGUGACAACACCAAAGGAUGGAUGCAAUCUACUGAUAAUGCUGUUGUACAAAACUGUGGUUGAGGCUGGCUGGACUGUUGAAAAUCUGUCUGUUUUGGGGUGUUUUUUUGUUUUGUUUUGUUUUGUUUUUUUCCCAGAAGAAAUUGUAUUUUAGUUAAAAGCUGUUCACAUGCUCAGCAGAACAAAGAGCAGAAGUCAGAAGUGCAUAAACAAUCUAUCCAUGUGAAGCUGAGAUGAAAUGGAGUUGCUGACUAUGGAUGUAAAAGGGAAGAAAACUAUUUAAAGUGAGGGGCAGUGGUUGCAGAAAAAACAGGUAGAAAAUGUCUGGUUGGUCUGAAUUUUGAAUAAGCUUCUUAUGCUCAAGCUUUGUAGCAGCCUCUCAGUCAAGCUAACAGGGUGUAAGGCUGCUACUCCAAAGCAUGGCUCUAAGUUUCUGACAGCCUUGCUCGCUGUCAUCAUGAGGAGCAACAGCAGAGGACGCACAAGCUCGCUCCUGGUGUUUUCGUCUGGGGCUUUGGGGUUAAGGCCGAGGAAGGUGAAGCUGUGCAAACUUCGCUGCUGUGUUUCAGCAGUAUCCCUCCCUGCACUGAUUCAUUUUCUUCACCGAGAUUUCGGGAAACACUCACACUCCCUGGGAAUGGACUGCAGGCAUUUUCUUUAAUAGGUAUAUUUUCUGGCCACAAGCUAUAUGUUCAAAACCUAUGGGAACAUUUGUGUCUAUCUAUGUAGAUAGCUAUAGAUAUAUACAAUGAUACGUAAUAAUGCUUGUUAAUAUUUCUUUUGUGCUUAUUAGCAAGUCAAAUUUCGUAUUUCUGUAUUAAUUACUGAUUUUCAAGACACUUUAACUUGUAUGUGCAGCAAGUCUCUUUAUUUACAGGUUCGUGUGGAAGGCUUUAACUCUGUUGUCACAGGCAAUUCCACAAAGAAGAACGAUGUUUGAUACUUAGUCACUUAGUUUGGGUGAAUGAAAUGAAGAGGGACAAAAUUCCUGCUUUUGGUGUAAGCCUCUGUUUCUUCUUCCCAAAGGUUAAUCUUUGAUUGCAGUGCUGUGCAUCCAGGUGCAUUUCAUUUCAGGAGUUCAGUUUGGCUCCCCUGUGCAGUGAAGAGAAGUGAACCUGCAGAGCUUCUGCUUGCAGUGCUGGAAGCCUGGAAUAUAGACGGUGAAUGAUGGAGGAUGAUCUGGUAAAAACAGCUGUGUUUUGCUCUGCCUAACUGGUGAAUCUGGGGGAGAACUCACAGUUCCUGGAAAGUGCAUUUCACAGCAGAAUCUCCUAUAGGAAAAAUGAGUUUGGCAGAAUCUUCCUGAAGGCAUUUGGAGGGUGUUAAAUUUCAGUUGGACCCAGGGCAACUGGAGCCUUAUUUGCAGUGAUGAAUGUGGUCCAGAAGUACACAGUUUCUUCUCUCAGCUGAAUGAGAAAGAAACUUCUUUUGAACUCAUUGAGGCUCUGCUAAUGUACAUCAGGACUCUGAAUGUCUUGGGAUUUGUACUUGCUUCCUUGCCUGGCUGGAACUUGAUGUAUAUAUACAAUGCAGAAGCGUCUAGAAAUGAAUCCGUCUUUGGUACAAGCCACUGUGUUUAUUGUAUUUAAUCUUCUUUUCCAAAGGAAACAUCUGUCUGUGUGUAAAGGCAAGAGUUGCAUAAGUGACUUGGAGAAUUGGAUUGAUUUGGCAUGAAAAUGAAUGGGUAGAAAUAAUUAUGUUAGGCAAAGAAGAAAGGAGAUUUACACAGUAACAGACUUUCUUGUUUUCAUGUUGUAGAAAGCUGCCAGUAUAGAAUUUCACUUCUUCAUUCACAGAUUCCUUUGGAGGAACAGUGUUGAGUGUUUCAUCUCAUGCUUCCUGGAGUAAUGCAAACUUCAAACUCAUAUGACACCUGAAAGGUUCUGAACACCAUUUUGUGAAAUAGCUUUGAGCAUCAAAUUGCUCCAGUUGGGAGGAAUUUAACAUUUUUUGGCCAAAGCUAUAAAACCACCACCUUUGGGUGCAGUGAUUGAAGCAGAAUGCACACUAAGAGGUACCACCGUUUGUCCACAAGGUUGUGUGUUAACAAAGGUUCAAGCUGAAAAUGCCCCACAGCGUGGCUGCCUGCAUCCCUGCUGUGCAUGCUGCAAUGGAGGCUCUCACUGUGGAGGUGACUAAAGAUCUGGGGAUCAUUUAGCAGCUGGACCCACCAAACGAGCAAAUGCGAUCCAUCAGCUCUCCAGGCCAUCAGGCGCAGGCAUCAGCCUCAUGGCUGCUGACGCAAGGUCAUGUUCCUAUGUUGCAAGAUGCUGCUGAGAUGGAGCUUCCAAGAAUACGGAGAACUGAGAAUGAUACAGAAUGCAGGUUGAAGCAGAGGGAUGGAGGAGAGUAAGAGUUGUCGCAACUGCAUCUGCUUUUUUUCCAGGAAGAGUUGUUGAAAGGAACACAUUGCAAGAAAAAAGAAAAUUUUCAACCACGAUACAGUUCCUUUUUAAAACUUCAUCAUCUGUGAAUGGUAAAAUAGUGCAAAAAGUGCCAAAUACUUCACAAUUUCCAAAGCCUGGGCAACUCAAAUCCAGCAUUGUACUGUCCAUGGACAAGGCAGAAUAUUUUUGAGUCCAUGUGCAAUACACAUUAAAAGAGUGGCUACAUCAGAUAACUAUAGUAACCAGCAUCAACAAGACUGGUCUGCCUCUUGUCUGCUCCCGGACUGCACAUACCUAACAAGCCCACUUCAUUUCUGCCAUUCCUGGUAAUCAUUCUUCAAACCAGCCAUUUACUGGAGAUUUCAAACUCCUCAAGUUUCAGGAAAUGUGAAGAAUUCAGGAAAUGUGAAAAAUGCUGCCCGGCUACAGAAACAAUAAUGUAGUCGAAAGAGUCAUGAUGGCCCUAUGCAAUGCCACAAUUUGAAAGUGAGUGACAGUUCAGGUUGGGACAACAACAAAAUAAACUACUGGCUCUCUGUCCUUCUUGUGAAGACUGGGAAUCCUUCUGACCAUUUCAAAGCAGCAUGAUGCUGUGUUCUUCCAGAUGCACAAGACAGCAAGAAGCAUUCUUACUGAGAGCAACCACAAGCUACCUCUUACCAUCUCACCUGGUGCCACCAGGUCUUCUCAUGACCCCUUCAUAUUCUAGCUUCCCUGAAGGAGGAAUUCAACAGAAGCUUGCAGAAUUAUCAUACAUAAUUUGUAGUGGGAUGAACAAUUGCUUCAUUGAGCAAAGUCCUGUUUGUACUCCAGAACCUGAAAAAAUUGGCAAUCCUGACUGCAUGAUGUGAGGGGAAUAACACACUGGGAGAACAUCUGCUGUCCCAACUGAGACUUGGAAGGAAAUUUGACAGCAUCUGAGGUGAAUCUUUGCCAGAAAACAGAAGUUGGAGAGAUUGACACUAUCACCAUGUAAAGCUGUAGCCUAUCCUCUGUACACUCUCCUGGUGCUUACUUUUCAGCUAUGCCUGUAGGUUGUUGCCUGGAGAAAUCAAGCUUUUUCGUUGUUGCAGUUGAUGCCAAGACUGAAGCAGCACUGAGCCGGCAGGGAUGGAAUUGAAAUCACACCUUGUACUUCGAUUGUUUCACUUCGGACACUAGAAAGAUGUGAUGGAUCAGUUGAUUAAAUUUUGCAGUAUUUUGUAUGCUUUAGUGUAAUUAUACAGAUUAUCCCAGCUGGAAUUGUCAGUCAAAAUAUAUAAGCCAACUUUUUAAAAUAAAGAUUUCAAUUUAUACAGAAAAUCAAGAGUGCCUAAAACUUUGCUUUUAUCUUAAUAAAAUUAAAGUGCUUAGAGCAGGUUUUCUCUGUAUUUUCUGAUACCUUACAGGAAACUGCAGCAUGGUUUCUUUUCACAUAUACCUGUAAAGCCACCUGAAUUUUGUCACACAGCCUUUCUGAUUUUUUUUUUUGAUUUUUUUUUUUUUUU